AACUUGUAGUUUAGGACGUGUUGGAAACCAGCCGGCGCGUGAGUCCCAGAGACUUCAUGUCCCAGGAUUCCCCUGACCUCUCAGAUACACGCUGACAGGAGCUCAGUCACAAACAUGCCUAGGGACCGGAGGAGAGGGAACCAAAGUGCCAAGAAAGGCAGCGGGAGUCGCGGCUCUCGUAAUGGAACCCGUGGAGAUUCUGAGGCCAGUGAAGAUGAGGCAGCGAGUGAAGUCCUUAGUCACUGUAGCAGUGGCAGUGAAACUGUCAGCGUGGCAGAGGAGGGAACAGGCAAUGAGCUGGACUAUCAGGCCCAACAGGAACAGCGGCUGGACAAGCUGAAAGAAGAUAUAGAAAAUAUAAUGGAUAAGAGUGUGAAAACACGAUUGACUGCACUAGGGAAUUUGCGGCUUGUUCUGUCUUCACUGGUCCUUGAAGACUUCUUGUUAGAGAGACGAAUCACCCUCACGGAGGCGCUAGAGCGCUGUCUGAAGAAAGGGAAGGAAGAGGAGCAGUCACUGGUAGCCAUUGUCCUUUCCCUUUUAUCAAUACAGCUAGGUUGUGGUGCAGAAGGGGAGGAACUGUUCCGCUGUGUGAAGCCAGUCUUGAUAAAUAUAGUAACCGACUCCAACGCUGGAUUAUCUGCCCGUCAAAGUUGUGCCACCUGCCUGGGACUGUGCUGUUACAUCGCUGCUGAGGAUGUGGAGGACCUGAUUUCUACUGUUUGCUGCCUGGAGGGAAUUUUUACUUCAUGUUAUUCAAACUGCAGUGCACCCAGUCCUGCCCUGCAAGGUCUCCUUUGCUGUGCCAUACAGUCAUGGGCGCUCUUGCUUACCAUCUGCCCAGCCACCCAUGUGCAGAAAGUACUGGAGAGUCACUUACCUCGAUUACCUGGAAUUCUGUCCAGUGAAAGUGUGAGCCUUCGGAUUGCCUCCGGAGAGAAUCUCGCCCUCCUGCAUGAAUUGGGUCAUGAUCUUGAUGAUGAAUUCUUCUAUGAAGACACAGACCGUCUUUGUGUGAGUUUGAAAGCUUUAGCCACAGACAGCAACAAGUACAGAGCCAAGACUGAUAGACGUAAGCAGCGCUCUAUCUUCAGGGAUGUAUUACACUAUAUUGAGAACAGUGAGUUCCAGGAGGAAACCAUCAAAUUUGGCCUGGAGGUGAUGUGUGUGGACAGCUGGGCACGCAGGAGAACGUAUAAUGCGUUUAAGAAAAUUUUGGGUUCUGGAAUAAGACAUCACUUACAGUAUAAUGAGGUUCUGCGUGAAAUCUUCUCACUUGGUCCUCCCCUGGUACUGGAUGCUGCAACAAUCAAGGCCAGUAAAAUCUCCCGUGUUGAGAAGCACAUGUUUAAUUCAGCUGCCUUCAAAGCAAGAACGAAAGCUCGGAACAGGGUCCGGGAUAAGCGCGCUGAUGUCCUGUAACCUGAACCUGCUCAUUCCCACACCAACCACUGUGACUGACCUCACUCAUCUGGGGGAUCACUUUUACAGAAAUGGACUCUUCUUAACCAAAUAAAAUCCCUUUUGCUGCCGGCUCAUCCGCCAAUCUGCUGAGCAACAUGGCUCUCCCUUUAUUGGUACAUGGCCGGUGACUAUGACUGAUGCUAUAUUGGCAUUUGACGCUUUUAUUUAGGCAUUUUUAACCAAAAUGAAAAUCCUGUUUUUGGUUGUUGGCAGCGAUAUGUCCCCAGAGGACACUAUGGAAGGAUGCUGGAUUUUUGGGUGAUGUUAUUCUGGACGAUCAGUCUGGGAACUUUAAUACAGUGUCCAUUGAAUGUUCUAUGUUCCUCAAGGACACAACACUCAAGCAGGGAAAUUCUACCGGGUCCUCUUAGCUGGUUUCCCAACAUAUACAGAGAUAUCUCCAUUUGAACUCAUAAAAUAACAGAGACAUGAUUUUAGGAACUAUUAUGUGUGUGAAGGAUGCUGCUUCUGCUGCUGCUGCUUCUUAGCAUUAUUACUUGACCACUGUCUACAUGAAUUCCUUCUACCAGAGUCAGGGGGUUGGUGGAGCACAUAUGACCAAAAACUGGGUAACUUUGCACUCUAUCUGCUGAUCUUUCACCCAGAUUGGAUUGGCAUUUCUUUCUCAGAAUGAGCCUUUCAAUAUCUCACAUGGCAUGAUAAUGUUACCAAGUACACCACUAGCCGAGGGAUCACAUAAUAUUUGGUACAUGACCACUGUAAUCAUGUCCCCUUCAGUUCUUCUGAGACCACAGUAAUCUCUGGUUAUGAGGAGCAUUGAUGUUGACCAAUCGCAAAGGACUGUGGAUGCUUCUCUUGGUCGUAUUUGAGGUGCUUAAAUGAACGUUAUUUCAUAUUGAUAUUUUUUAACUUUGGUUUUUUUAAUGUUGCAUAUUUGCACCAUGAAUGCAGAAACAAAGCCAGUUGUUCCUGACCUCCAUAUGAAAUGCAAAAACAAAUCCGUGCGCCUAUUAACUUACAUAGUAUGGGCAGUAUCCUACUUGAUGUUGAACAACCUAUGGCUGCAAAUGGACACUAUGGGGCACAUUUACCGAGGGUCUAAUAUCUAGGGUUAAUUAACCCUCGAUAUUCGACCGUCGAAGUAAAAUCCUUCGAAAGUUGAAGGAUUUUGCGCUAUUCCUACGAUCAAAGGAAUAAUCGUUCGAUUCAACGAUUAAAUCCUUCAGAUAGAACGAUUCGAAGGAUUUUAAUCCAUCGAUCGAAGGAUAUUCCUUCGAUCAGAAAAUUGUUAGGAAGCCCAUGGGGACCUUCCCCGUAGGCUAACAUUGGCCUCGGUAGGUUUUAGGUGGCGAACUAGGGGGUCGAAGAAUUUUUUAAAGAGACAGUACUUCGACUAUCGAAUAGUCGAACGAUUUUUUGUUCGAUUCGAAGGUCGUAGUCGAAGGUCGAAGUAGCCCAUUCGAUGGUUGAAGUAGCCAUAUUUGACCAUUCGAAAUUUCCUCUAUUCCUUCACUCGAACUAAGUAAAUGGGCCCCUGGGUGUAUCACUUCAACAACUCUGGUUGUAUGGUCUACUCUAUACCAUCAAAAUAAUAUCCUUAAUCUACAAUACAGCACCUAACCCUACCACCACCCCCUUUUCACUGCAGUGCCUGGGGCAGGUAAGAUACCGCCCCACAUCAUUAUUUAUAUCACAGAUGCAACUAAAUUAUCAGAACAUCUAUUUAUCUCUGGAUUUUAUACAGUGAAUUCUGCUAAUUAUUUUUUUAGGGAAAAGCCAAAACUUUGAUAAUAAAAAUUUUAAAGAUUACUUUUUUUGUGUGAUAGAGAUGAUGAGAUGCUAUUUUGUAUUAAAUAUUCCCAUGAA